AUGGAACUUUUGGGCAAUUACUUAGAUUCUUUGGAAGUAUUACAGGGAAGAACGUUUUUUAAUACUAGUGGAGGACGUGUAGGUCGUGGUCCGAACAAUGCGAGGUCUGGAGAUAUCCUUUGUAUAUUCCAUUUGGGGCGGCCGUUGUACGUUCUCCGGUACAAGGCCAAGUCAGGACUUGCAAAAUUCGUUGGAGAUGCUUAUGUCUAUGGGCUAAUGAACUUAGAGAAACUGCCUCUAAAUGUAAGGGGCAAGGACGAAAUAUUCGUUAUAGGAUGA